AUGACGCAAAAGUACUAUGUCACCUAUAACCAGGUCCACAAACUAUGCCAGGACUCUGCCGACAAGAUCCUGUCCACUAUCCGCCCUAAUUUGAUGAUCGCCAUUGGUGGUGGUGGUUAUGUUCCUGCUCGUAUCCUCCGAUCUUUCCUGAAGCGCUCGGGCGAGCCCAACAUCCCCAUCCAGGCCAUCGGUUUGUCUCUCUACGAGGACCUCGGCCGCGGCGAUCCGGAGGAGGUUCCUGGUACCAAGGUCACCCGGACACAGUGGCUCGACCUUAGCUCUUUGGAGAUGUCGAACUUGAUUGGCAAAAACAUCCUCAUUGUUGAUGAGGUUGACGACACUCGCACGACCCUCGAAUACGCCGUGCGCGAGCUCCAGAAGGAUGUCGAGGACGCGCAGAAGCAGCUUGGACGGGAAGGCGAGAAGACGAACUUCUCUAUUUUCGUGCUUCACAACAAGAACAAGUCCAAGAAGGGUGUCUUGCCAGCUGAUAUGAUGGAAUCCGGUCGUUACCAUGCCGCGGUUACUACCGAGGAUGUAUGGAUCUGCUAUCCUUGGGAAGCCAAGGACAUUGAUGAGCACGACCGAUUGGCCAAGGAAAACCCUCUCUUCUAA